AUGGAAAUCCUUUCUUUUUUAAAUAAAACAUUAUUAUUAUUAUUGUUUUUACUACUGUUUACAGUUGGUGGUUUAGGGGCUGUAGAAAUCGUUUGGAAUGGUGGGUCUGGAUCGUAUUCGGAUCAAACCAAGUGGUCGAUGCAGUCUGUUCCAGUGGGAGCUGACAAUGUCUAUAUCAACACAUCCAAUUCACGUGUACUCAUCAAUGGUCAAUAUCAGGUGUCUACUCUGACAAUAUCAAGAAAUUCACAACUCGAUAUGAAUGGAAAUCUCACAGCACAACAAGAGAUUAACGUUGACAAUUCUACAGUCUAUUUCAACCCCGCGACUGGACCAUUCCUUUAUGGAUCAUCAUCAUCUUCUACACUGCUAGAUUCUACAAUGACUGUCAAUACUACCAAUGUACAGUUUAGUGGAUCAAUGAGAUUUUUUGAAAACUCUUUAUUUCAAACUACUCAAUCAAAUGUAACAUCACAAAAUGAAAUGGAGUUUAAGAAUAAUGCGACAUUUGCCAUUUCCAAAUCAAGUUUAAAUAUUAUUGGUAAUAAUGUUCCAAUAUAUAUGUAUUCAUCAUCUGGUGUUCUUCAAUAUGUACAAUCAUCUUUAUUCUCUGUUGAUGUUCAAAAUUCAUUUCUUUUAAUUUCAGGUGCACGUAUAUUUAAUGUUGAUAAGAGAAGUCAAGCUUCUAUUCCAAGUUUCUCUUCAACCAAUAGUACAAUCACCAUUACAAACAGUGAUUUGAAUAUUAUUAAUCUGGUCAAGUUGACCAAUUCAUCGGUUGGUCUCAAAACAUCUACACUCAACUUUAAUGAUACCACCACCACAUUGAAUAUUCUUGGUAGAUCAACAUUAUCUGGUUUAGUUAAUUCAAAUUUUAAUUUUAAUUCAAAUGUUCCAAUUAAUGUUGAGAAUGAUUCUGAAAUUCAAAUAUUGGUAGGAUCAUCACUCAAUGCCAAUCAAUCAAAAUUAUCAAUUAUGAAUUCAAGAGUUGGUGCUGAUACCCAAAGUUCAAUUAAUAUCCAAAAUUUAGUUGCCAAUAAUGGAAAUGUUGGAAUCAAGUAUUUAUCAACACUUAAUAUUAUUGGUGGAUUAUCAAAUAAUAUUUAUGGUUCAUCCAAUUUUGUAUUCUCUCAAUCUUCUUUUAAUAUUAAUAAUGCUUCAUUUGUUCACUUUGCUAAUUCAUCAAUAUUAAAUUUAACACAAACCAAGAUUAUUAUUAAUCAAUCAUGUAAAUUAUCAUUCACAGAUACUAGUAGUAUUCAAUCGUUAAACAGCAAGAUAACUUCAAAUGGUCAAUUUGAUAUCAAUGAUUUGGAAGACACUGGAUCAGUAUUCGAAUUGAAUGGAUCAAGCAAAAUCAAAGGACAAUUUUCAUCGACGAGUGGAACCAUAAAGGUGAAUGGAACUUUGGCGAUGGAUCCAGCAACCUCUUCUCUUGUCAUGAGUGGUGAUUCUCCAUCCAUCACAGUGUCUGCCGGUUCAGUUAUUUCAGGCGUCUCUGGUAACUUGCAAAAUACAACAUUCACCAACCAAGGUGGUGAGAUUAAAUUCUCACCAUUCAACAAAUUGGAAAUGAACAACAAUGGACAAUUAUCAAGUACCAAUGGAACUUUGGUAUUUUAUUUAAAUGAUAUUAAUAAUGCAACUAAUAUUUUAAAUGUAAACAAAUUAAUAUUAAAUUCUACUAGAGUUAUUUUAAUGAUUAAUAGAAAUUUGUUAAGUGGAUCAAAUGAUAUUGUAGUUGUUAAUUAUGAACAACUUCAAGGUAAUACAACUGUUGAAGCAAUGCAAUAUGAUGAAGAAAACAUCAUCAAUGUGGAGAAUGGAGAUAUUUCCACCUACCAAGGAUACAGUAUCGAUAGUGAUUGCAACGUGCGAUCGGCAUUUGAUAGUUUUUCGCUUACUGUCUCUUUUGACUGUGUCUCUGAAAAGGCUAUGCUCAGUGCUGGUGCCAUUGCAGGGAUUGUCAUUGGUGCAGCUGUUUUUGUUGGUCUUGUUGCCAUGUCGAUUCUCUACCACAAGGAAAUCAUUGGUUUUUUUGAAAAGCAAAAGAGAAUAGUCAGCAAUAAUCAAUGA